AUUUUCGAACACCCGCUCUAAAAGUUUGAUUGCUAGUCCUACACGACAGCAGUGGCCUUCUUUACUUUUUUACUCUGUAGUUGUUUUCGUGUUUGAUUGUAACAAUUUGGAAAUUAGACACGGUUGACUACAGUAAACACCACGCUUGAAUACAACUGGAAAUACUUUUUGCUACACCUGCUUGCUGGCACGUCCGGGGGACAUUCAUCAAUUGAGUUUUCAAACAUGUGCAGAGACCAAAUGCCGUUUGACAAUUGAAGAAAAAAAGACAAAGAAGGGCAACAUGGAGAGUGGAUCAUUCAACAGGAGAUCAUGGGCCUCACAGUCUUUACGUGUCACCGCCAAAGAGCUGUCAUUGAUCAGCGGCCGGGGGAAGACCAAUGCUAUCGCGGAGCGCUUCUCGAAGUACCAACGAGCGGCUGAGGAGUCCAAUGCAGAAAAGAAGAAAGCAUCAUUUGAGAGUCUGCCAUCCACCCUGCGCUCAGGGAACCUGAGUGUUUUAAAGAAACGUUGGGAACAUACAGGACCCCCUCAACAGGAUAAAACUGUCCCUCUGCCCACAAGCAAACCACGUGCUCGCAUUACCCCUCCAGCUGUGCCCAGACCUCCCCCCGCCACCAAAAACCAUUCUCCAACCGAGAAGCCCCCUGGACCCUUGAACACUCAAGAAGGUCAAAGUAUAGCCAGCCACCACCCGUACCUCCCAGCAGCAAUAAAGCCAGCAGAGGGAGGAGAGAACCAGAGAGCAAUGGAGAAGAAAGAGAUGAGAACAAAUGAGGUAGAAGAGGAGGAAGGGUUGAUGCAGGUGGAGGAAAAAGUGGUGUCCAGCCCCUGCAGCCCCUGCAGCCCCUUGGAGAAACCCAGUAUGCCUCUCAACAGUCUGAAGAUGAUGUUUGAGAAGGGAGAGGGAGGCUCAAUUGGCAAGGAGACAAGGACGGGACUCCGCCGGACCCCUUCAGAGGACAUGGACAGACUUGGGGGCCUUUCCUUAUCUGAAAGAGUGUUCGAGUCCACAUCACUAAGGGACAGGAUGGCAAAAUACCAAGCUGCUGUGUCCAAAAAGGAUGCUGCAAGCAUUGGAAGUUCAUCCAUGUGUGCCAGUGUCUCAGAAAUGGAUGAAAGUCACCUCAGUGGCAAGGAGAUUGUGCCCCCUGGUGGUGUAGCUUUGGUAUCACCUUUACAGUCUAAAAUAAAAAAACUGCCAGUUCAUGAGACUAAUGGCACUGAUAUGAAUUCACAUCCUAGCUCUAACAGUAGCCCUCUGUCAUCUGCCCAUAGUGAUCCACCCAAGGCAACUAGAAAGUUCUGCUUGCCUGUGAGGGAAACUUGCAUUGCUUGCCUAAAGACUGUGUACCCUCUGGAGAGACUGGUGGCAGAUCAGCACAUUUACCACAACACCUGCUUCCGUUGUGUCCACUGCAACACCAAGCUCAGCUUGGGGAACUAUGCCUCUUUGCAUGGCAAUGUCUACUGCAAGCCCCACUUUAGCCAGCUGUUCAAGGCCAAAGGAAACUAUGAUGAGGGCUUUGGACACCGGCCCCACAAAGAGCUGUGGACCACCCGGACUGACGAAGAGGAGGACUCGGAUGGGGAGAGAGCUAGGCCAAAGGAAUUUAAGGAACCAGCAGUAGUUUCUCAUCCAGCUGAGAACAACCCAGCCAAACAACCGAGCCCCACUGUGGAGGAGUCUCCCAUAGCCAAGGUAACAGACCUGGCUGCCUCUCUGGAGACACUGGCCCACACCAACACAAGUUCAAAUGAGAAGCACAGCUCUGUGGAGAGACCAACAGAGACUCGCAGGCUGAGGAUUGCCUGGCCCCCUUCUUCAGAGGGAGAUUUAGGGGCUGGGACGGGUAUAGGUGCUCGAGGAGGAAGCCCCUCCUUGGAGGGAGCUGCUGGGGGUCGGCCAUGGAGGGCCAAGUGGCCCCCAGAGGGAGAGCUGCUGAUGUCCAAUCAGAGCCCAGAGCAGGCAGAGCUGAAAAGCCUGAGGAGAAGCUCCUCUCUGAAGGAGCGCAGUCGUCCCUUUUCUGUGGCUGUCACCGCUAGUUCCCCUCUGUCCCUGGGCCCCCGGGAGCCCCGCCGACCCAUCAGGCCCCUGCUGGAGAGAAGGGGCUCUCUGGAGGAAACCCGCUCCUGGCCUCAGGACCCUGCCCAGCAGGCCCAGAGCCAGGCAGAGACAGGGAGGGAUGAGAGAGGGAGAGAUAAGAGGGAAGAGAAGCCUGUUCUACAAAGUGAUGGUGCGAUUGGAGGAGAGAGCAGCUCAGAGGAGGAAGCUGAAAGUCUUCCAAAGCAGACGGAGAAUAGAAAGGAACACAUGUCAAGAGAGAAAGCAGCAGCAGCAGCAGUGGAAGAAGUGCCUCUGAAAUGCCAAAGUGCCUCACCAGAAAUCCCAGCAUCCCCCUCUUCACCUCUGCAUGUCAAACACAACCGCACCUCCCAGGAUGUGGGAUUCUGGGAUGGGGAAGAAGAGGGAGGAGAAGGGGAGGAGGAGCUCACAGUGGAGCAGAUGAUCAAGAGGAAUCGCUACUAUGAAGAAGAUGAUGAGGAAGAUGAUGUCUGAAAAGGAUUUGUCUAUGUCCCCCUUUCAGACAGCAGAAUUAGCUUAACAUGUAUGAAAGGGUGAGGAUGAUGCAAUGGGGGGGGGAGGGCACACAUUUUUUCUAACUGUGUUGGUGCAAUUUGUGAUUUUAUAUUAGGUUUAGUGUUCAUUCUGUAUUAAACAACUCCUGGCCUCAUGGAUUCCUUGAAUUAAUUCAAAGGUAGGCAAUGGAUCCUGACUGGUGUAUUGAAAUGUUUUGAUCUUUUUGGUACUUUUGGUAGUUAUUUUUCUUUAUGCAGCAAAGGCUGGUAAGUCUGUUUUUAAACUCUUAACUAAACGACCAUCUCAAUGACAAUGCCUUCUUAUUAUAUGGGAAUUAUAAAAUUGUGGGGUAAUAAAAUAUACAUCCUAUGCUGGAACCUCUGCAUCUUUCACUUAAAUAUUGUCUUGCUUUGAAAGAUGGUGGUGAAUGAUGGAUUAAAUAUCGAUAAUAUUAGCCAGUCCAAAUCACUGCCACAUGGAUAAUGGGAAAAGUAUUUCUAAAUGCUUGUUAAGUGUUAAACACUUGGAUUGCUUUGAUUUGAGAAUGACAAGUUUUGUUUGCUUCUAUGGUCCAAAUGAGUUGUCUGAGUUCAGUGUUUCUGAAUGGUUAUGCUUCCUGCAUUUGCUAAUUUCCAAUUAAAAGGUACCUGGUUUAAACUGUAUAAAAAUCAUAUUUUGUAAUUGAGUUAAGAACUGGAUAUAUGCACAUUGUCAGAUUUACCCUGAUUACGUAUACUGUACUUUACUGAGGACCAAUGUUUUUUAUAUCUUUAUGGACAUUAAGUCAUUAAAUUACCAUAAUGCCAUUAUUUUCAAUGAAUAAAAUGGUUUAUUAUGGA